UAUUUUGUCCCUAAAACAAUGUUUUUCUUCUGUAUGUUUUUAAGAUCAUCAUGUGAUUUUUAACUAUUCGAUAUCGAGUCUGCAUACCUGGGAAUUUACCAUGCUUAGAAAUCCUCUUCAUUCCAGUGAUGUGUCCAUUUCAGAACCAUGGUCGUGGAAAACGGACCUUUGCAAAGAGGCUGUUUUACAAUGUGUAGCCAGUAGUUUCCCGUAAGGAGUUUCAGUCAACGUGUCUUCCGUUAGUACUUGUUGUCCACAUCUCAUUAACAUAUUAGUUUAUAUUUGUCAUUCUAUGAAUUAGCUUAUGUGUGUUGAUAUAACGUUAUAGUACUCUGCUUCGUCCGUUGGAGAUUCGAACAUUCCCAAAUAUGUUAGAUUUAUUUUAAUGUGUAUCUGUUGUUCAGUAGAUUGAACUCUGAGGGACGCUGUUGGUCAGUGUGUUGCAGUUUUAGAGCAGAUUUACAGCACUUCCUCCCCCAUCAUCUCGGUAUAUUAGAGAGAGAAAGAGCCGCGAGCAGAGCGCACAGUCUGGGUUAUAGAGAACACUUAGAACGGAAACAUCGAGAUGCGUUUCUUUUUUUCGAGAAUUAUGGAUUGUUGAAUCAUUUUCCUUUGAUGUUUUGAACUGUAAACGAAUGGAAUAUUACUGACUUCAUUACGGAUUAUAAGGCGUUUAUUGUUUCUUCUUGAAAGGAAAAUGUCGGGCAGAACAAUGACACGGCAAGUACUGUUGUUUAUCUCGGUCCUCUCUCUCAGUUCAGUACACGGGCAGGUCAGUUACUCCAUUCCCGAGGAAAUGGCGAAAGGCUCUUUAGUUGGUAACAUAGCGCAGGAUUUAGGUUUAGAUAUCAAACGAUUGAAAUCAGGUAAAGCUCGUAUUUAUACCGGAGACAGCGCAGAGUACAUCGAGCUGAAUAAAGAAAGGGGAGUUCUCCUCAUCAAAGAGAAAAUAGACCGUGAAGCGCUUUGCGGACAGACGACGCCUUGCGCUGUUCAUCUACAGAUUACUCUAGAAGACCCGAUUGAAUUCUACAGUGUUACAGUCGAAAUCCAUGAUAUAAAUGAUAAUGCACCAAGCUUUAAGAAGAAUGAGAUGAAAUUUAGAAUUAGUGAAUCGGCAAUGGUCGGAGCAAAAUUUGUGUUGGAAAGGGCGAUGGAUCUUGAUGUUGGUGUAAAUGGCCUACAAAGUUAUUUGUUAAAACCAACCGAUAAUUUUCUUCUGAAGUUGCAAAAUCAACCAGACGGAAGCAAAAAGGUGGAGAUGGUGCUACAGAAACCUCUAGAUAGAGAAAAACAAGAGCAUCUUUUUUUAACUCUGACAGCUAUCGAUGGCGGCGACCCGCCAAUGUCCGGGACAAUGCAGAUAAAAAUAACCGUGCUAGACGCCAACGACAAUGCGCCUGUUUUUACGCAAGAAAUGUACAAGGCAACCAUUACCGAGAAUGCUGCAAAAGGCACCGUUUUGAGUACCGUUAGCGCCAGUGAUGCCGAUGACGGUUCUAAUGGUAGAGUAUCAUAUUCAAUUACCAAUACUCUAGAUGAUGUUCCAGAAAUAUUUGAAAUAAACGAAGACAGUGGUAUUGUGGUUUUAUCAGGACACAUAGACUAUGAAAAAGCUCGACAUUAUGAAAUACAUGUACAAGCUAGUGAUGACGGCGGUCUAACUGAUUCUUGUAAAAUACAUGUUGAAGUAGUUGAUACAAACGACAAUAAACCAUCGAUAAACAUUAUGUCGAAAACAAAUGCAAUAUCUGAAAAUGCUGAACCUGGAACAGUGGUAACCAUAAUUAAUGUACAAGACCCAGACUCCGGGCAUAAUGGCAGAGUGCAGUGCUCCAUAAAUGAAAACAUUCCUUUUGCGAUGAAAUUAACAUCGAAUAAUUUCUUUACUGUAGUAACAGACAGUGACUUGGACCGAGAGAGAGCCCCUGAGUAUAACAUCAGCGUGACGUGCUCUGAUGAGGGAGUGCCCUCUCUCUCCAGCAGCGUCACUCUCACCUUACAGAUAUCAGAUGUGAAUGACAACGCGCCUGUCUUUGAGAGAAGCUUAUAUGAGGCCUACAUUAUAGAAAACAACACACCGGGCCUCUCAAUAUUCACAGUGAAAGCCAGAGACGCUGACUGGAACCAGAAUUCCCGUGUUUCUUACAUACUGGAGGACUCCUCGGUUAACGGAGUGCCCGUCUCCUCGUAUGUGUCCGUUAGUGCUGAUAGUGGAGUCAUCCAUGCAGUGCGCUCUUUUGACUACGAGCAGAUCAAGGAUUUCCAGUUCCGUGUAAAAGCGCAGGAUGGAGGCUCCCCUCCUCUCAGUAGCAAUGUGACUGUGAAAAUAAUGAUUCAGGACCAGAACGACAACACGCCUCAGGUUCUGUAUCCAGUCCAGACUAGCAGCUCUCUGGUGGCUGAAAUGGUGCCUCGUUCAGCAGAUGUGGGAUAUCUUGUCACUAAAGUGGUGGCUGUUGAUGUGGACUCUGGACAGAAUGCCUGGCUCUCCUAUAAACUGCAGAAAGCGACAGACAGGGCGCUGUUUGAAGUGGGCUUACAGAAUGGAGAAAUAAGAACUAUACGCCAAGUCACUGAUAAAGAUGCUGUGAAACAAAGGCUCACUGUUGUAGUGGAGGACAACGGGCAGCCCUCUCGUUCAGCUACAGUCAAUGUUAACGUGGCGGUGGCGGACAGCUUCCCUGAAGUGCUCUCGGAGUUCACUGACUUUACGCACGACAAGGACUACAACGAUAACCUGACUUUUUACUUAGUCUUGGCUUUGGCUGUAGUCUCAUUUCUGUUCAUCACAUGUUUAGUGGUUAUUAUAUCAGUGAAAAUAUACAGAUGGAGACAGUCUCGCGUCCUCUAUCAUUCCAAUCUCCCUGUUAUUCCGUAUUAUCCACCGCGUUACGCAGACACUUUGGGGACAGGAACUCUACAGCACGUGUACAAUUACGAGGUGUGCAGGACGACUGACUCCAGAAAGAGUGACUGUAAGUUCGUCAGACCGUGUAGUCAGAACGUACUGAUAAUGGACCCCAGUUCUACAGGGACGAUGCAGCGGAUGCAGAGUGAGCAGAACAUCCUGGAUGAACCAGACUCUCCACUAGAGGUCUGUUAUAUUUGAAUCAUUAUCUUUUCCCUAAAAAUACGAUGUUCUGUUGUUUAUCCAUCGCAUGAUUUGACCUGUUUUAAAUCCAAUAUGUACCUGCAAGAUUUAAUGGUCAGACAUGCUCUUCAUUCCACUGAUAUGUGACCAUUUCAGCACCAUGGUCAUGGACAGCGGAAAGAGGCUGUAUUUCAAUGGGUAGCUUGUAGUUUCCUAUAUUAGCAAAGUUUCAAUUCAUCCACAUCUUACUGUCAUGUUGGUUUACAUGGGUCAUUAAUACGUAGGCCUAUAUGUGUUGAUAUAGAAUGAUAGUGCUGCAUUUGAUCUCAUGCAGACUAACCAGCACAAAUAUCUUGUAAUAUUUUUCGUCUUCUGUAGUUCAGUGAAUUUAACUCAAAGGGACGCUGUUGGUCAGUGUGUUGCAGUUUUAGAACAGAUUUGCAACAGUACCUCCCCCAUCAUCUCGGUAUAUUAGAGAGAGAAAGAGCCGCAUGCAGAGAACACAGUCUGGGUUACAGAGAACACUAAGCACCGAGACACCGAACUGGGAUUCUUUUGUUCGAGAGAUACGGAUUAUUUGCAGAAAAGUGUGUUAUUUUCUGGAUAUACAUCUAACGGAAUAUUUCACAUUUCUUACGGAUUUUAUGGUAUUUGUCGUUCCAUGGUGCCGCGGAAAAUGUCUGACAGAACAAUGACACGGCAAGUACUGUUGUUUAUCUCGGUCCUCUCUCUCAGUUCAGUACACGGGCAGGUCAGUUACUCCAUUCCCGAGGAAAUGGCGAAAGGCUCUUUAGUCGGUAACAUAGCGCAGGAUUUGGGUUUAGAUAUCAAAAGACUGAAAUCAGGUAAAGCUCGUAUUUAUACCGGAGACAGCGCAGAGUACAUCGAGCUGAAUAAAGAAAGGGGAGUUUUCCUCAUCAAAGAGAAAAUAGACCGUGAAGCUCUCUGCGGA